CCUCAUUCAUCGACCUUCAAGUCAAUUGUGCCACGGAGUGCGUCUUGUUCAGAAUCUACACGUGGUGUUUUGAACAAGAAACUUGGCAAUAUUUGGCGCUCCUCUCAUUCAUUACAUACCAACAAAACGGUCAACCGCCUGCCGAACAUCAGUCAUAGGGUGGGGCACCAGAGAGAAGCAUUAUGGAACAACCCGUAAACAUUUCCCACCAGAAACACGUCAUCUUUCUCCGGAUCGUACCACGCGCGGAACGAGCCAUCAUCAGAGAAAAGAACGUGGUACAUUAUGUUAUUUCUACUGUGCUACAUCUGUUCGCGUCCCCCCCCUCUCCAAGAACUUGGCUGUGGUGUGGUUUCGCUUUACUUUGCUUUGCUUCGCCCUUUCGCUUCGACUUUCCUCGGCCCCGGCCUCCAGCAGCAGCACCACCACCACCACCAGCAUGAACGAACCCUGGUUUCCUUCUCUGUUCUGGGGGAGGGGACAGACAACCUUUUGUGUGUGUGUGUGUGUGUGUGUAGACUCUCUUUCCCCACGUCUCUUUGCUUUUCCUCCCCGGGGAACUCUCCUCGUCCGGUUGGCUGGGGUCAUCAUUUUUUGUGCGGCUUAUUGGAACUCCCCCCAUCCUUUUUUUUUUUUUCGUUCUUUUCUUUCUUUGCUUCUCGCUUCCUUUUAUUCCCUUACCUUCCCUUCCCUUCCCCAGUCAGCCAGCCAGCCACGGAAUCCCUGCCACAUCCCUCCCCCCCACACACGCACGGACACGUACUGGCACUGGCCUUGGCCUCCUGGCUCUGGUUGUGUCUGCGGCUGCGCUUCGACAUUUCAAAACAAACUUUGAUGCGGGGAGGCCAGCUCUCAUGAGCGAACAUAUCAUGUAAUACCCUAGGGUCUCAAUGGAUGGCAUCAAGUGCGUCACUGGUUCAAAAGAUAAAUUCAAAAAGUGAGGCAACAUUUAUGUAAUACUUUGGGUUAUGGAGGAGAGAUCUAUUUCCGCCGAUGAGGGUUGUCUUAAAAACAAAAAGAGGUCUAUGUAAGCCGCCUGCUGGGAUCACACAAUCCCAAUGCCGCACGUGUGCCCACGUUGGACGGGCGGAGCCCGUGCGCCAUCAACCGGG